CCCCGUCACCGCUUGGCUCUGCCCCCGCCACCCCCAGCCCGCCCCCACUGGCACGGGCCCCGUCCCCGCUCCGGAAGCCUUCCGCCCGCGCAGGCGCCCUAGGUCCCGAGGCGGCCCUAGGUUUCGAGGGGGCCCUCGGUCCCGAGGUGGCCCUGGAUCCGCCGGGUCCCUCCGCCUACCGAGGUGCCAUGGUGCCGCCGCCGCUGUCGCCGCCGCUCUGCACGCUGCCGCCCGGCCCCGGACCCCCGCGCUUCGUGUGUUACUGCGAGGGGGAGGGCAGUGGGACGGGGGAACGCGGCGGCUUCAACCUCUAUGUGACGGACGCCGCGGAGCUUUGGAGCACCUGCUUCACGCCGGACAGCCUGGCGGCCCUCAAAGCCCGUUUUGGCCUGAGUGCGGCUGAAGACAUCACCCCCCGCUUCAGGGCAGCCUGCCAGCAGCAAGCUGUGACUCUCACCCUGCAGGAGGACAGAGCUUCCCUGACCCUUUCAGGGGGGCCCUCGGCGCUGGAAUUUGACCUCUCCAAGGUGCCGGGCCCAGAGGCAGCCUCCAGGUUGCAGGCACUGACACUGGGCCUGGCAGAGCGCGUGUGCAGCUUGGAGCAGCAGCUGGCAGCUGCUGCAGAGGAGACAGCCACCAGCCCCAGGAAGAGCUCCCGGCAGGUGGGCCCUCUGCUCUUCUUACCGGACCCGGAUGCUCAGAGAGGUGGCCCUGGACCUGGGGUCAAGAGGCGGUGUCCGGGAGAGUCUCUCAUCAACCCUGGCUUCAAGAGAAACCAGCUGGUGGUGUAGACUUCGACGACCCCUGAAGGUGCAGCAAAAAGUGUGACCGUCGGGAGGCUGCUUGCAAGGGGAGGGGCAGCCCCUGGGACCCUCCCGCUGGCACCUGCCCAUCCCGCUGCCAGGCAGGAACAAGCCUGCUCCUCCAGCCCCUUCCCCAUCAAAUAAACAUCUUCAUCUGGCGGAGGUCA